AUGCAUCAACAACGCACCGAACAGAUUGCCCACGCACUAGCUGCCUAUCGUGCCUUCCGUCGGCAAGAUCCCGCCGAACAACGUCUCACUACUUUCAUCAACAUUCUCAACUCCCUUUUCCCCCCGCUUUCAUCUUCUCACUGUGCGGACGACCUAUUGCUGGCUAAUAUCCUCAUGUCCGAUCCCAAGUGUUCGCACACCCAACAGGAACCCAACACUUUUGCUGAGGCCCAUAGCUCUCCUAUAACACAGGAAGUAUUCGAGGAGCAUCCCACUUUCACUUUGUCUCAACAUGCAAACUAUAUCUCGAUUCAUCCCGUUGAUCACGCUGAAACCAUACGCGCUGCGCCUGGCAUUGAUUACGCGCCCGUGGCCAAGCAGCAGCCUUGUGGGAUUCACUAUACAGCAGACGUAAAGCAAGGCGUGAAAAACAAUAUGUCGUGCGCAUGUUGCAGCGCACACGUAUACGGGUGCUCAAGCAGUGCAAACCAGCGCACUCUAGCUCCUCGACUGGCAAAGGUUGAGCCGCUGGGACUUACUUUGAUCCCUACUUCCUCCAUGCUCCCACCAUGCUCUGAGACUCAACCUGCAGCCCAGCCUAGACCCCGUCCUCGUCCCCGUCCCCAGCCCGUGCCGGCACCGGAGCCUUCGCUCAGUCCCACCCUUGCCCCUCCCGCUUCGUUUGUUUCAGUACCUACCUAUAGCGUCCCACUCCCUAGGCUGGCUCCCAUCGGCAAGGGCAAGGGACGGGCAUUUUCUGCUACACCGUGCCCACCGUCUACAUCUACUACCCAUUUUAUUGGACACGGGAUCAUGAAGCCUCUGCAAUUCAGUCAGAGGAGCUUGGUUCCGUCUGGUCUACGUCUAAAGCCUCCCCCUUCCCCCAACAACCCUUUCCUUUGCUCAAGUGCUUGUCCAACCAAGCUUGAUCCAGGUUCCGCGCCUCAGCCUUCCCAAUUCCAUGCAUUUAUCCUGCCUAACUCGGCCUUGAAAGGCUUGGCGUCGUCAGGUCGGCCGUCUAGCCCAAUCGACCUAUGUUUGUCAGAGAAGGCCGACGAUGAAGAUUCCAACAUUCUGGGCUUGGCUGACCUGGAGUUGUUUAAAGGGUGGGAUGAUAGUGGGGGUAAUGACAAUGAUGGAGGAGGAGAUUUCAGUUAUAUUGACGACAAUAACCAGGACCUCGAUAACGAUCCUGACAAAAUGGAAGGGUUCGCAGAGGCAUAUCGUCGCACUUCCUCAGCGGCUCGCUCCUCUAGCCCCCCAGAGCUCUCCAAGCUUCUUGACUUGAUCGAUAAAUGCGGCCUUCCGGUUAUGGAGCCUGAUGAUCUUUGGGAGUUCUUGCUUAAAGGUCGUCACGGCAAGACGUGGUUCCUUGUUGAAAAGGAGGAUCGGUGGCGAAUGGCAUUGAUGAGGCAACCCGGGUCACUCUGGAACACUAUGGAAUCGGACGUUUUUCUAAAACAACGUAAAUCGUCGGCAAUCAUGCAGCAAACGCACAAGAUCUUGCCGCAGUACAAGGAAAUAAAAUUCAUGGUUGAAGUACGCGGUCUGACCGUAGACCUUGAAGUUCCCAAGAUCCAUGCAAUUUGUUCUAUCGAAGUCGCGCUGUCAGAAGCUUGUGAGCGUGGCGAUCCAAUCACUUCGACUUUGACUCCGGUAGAGGUCUACUACUGGUUUGAACAAAACUGGUAUCAAAUGAUUGAUGCAAAGCUUGGAAACCAUUCUAACUAUCGAAUUGCUACUCACCGUAGUGGGCACGUUAGCCCAAGGCGCAUUGUUUUGGGUUCAUCAUCAAGCCGAUCUCACGAGAAGCGCCCCUGUGAAACCAACCCUCUCUCUCCACCCCCUAGAGAUACUGUUUGCCUACGCCCCAACGCCAGUGCCCAAUUAUCCACCCCUACAUCUCCAGCUUUGGCCCCGGUUUUUGCUCCAUCUGUGCCAGAUAUUGACGCCAACAUGCCACGAAACGCGACUCCGGGGCCUUCUGGUACCGCUGCACGCUCUGCAGCUGCUGUGUCCAAUCCAAACCCUGCAGUGACAAACCCUGCUUCCAAGACCAGUAUGCCAUCGGUUGGUGCCUUGACAGAAGCUAUUUGUGAGACGUGUUUGUCUACUAGGGAGUUUCAGGAAAAGCUACUGGACAUGCGGCAAGUACAACUCAAGAUUGAUGCAAGGAGCGUUGACAAUACGUACAAGCUGGUUAGUGAUGAACAGGCAGCAAUGGAAGAAGAGCGUCUCAACCGCAUUGAACUUGAACAAGAACGUGCCAAUCGUGAGGCAGCUGAAUUGGAGGACUGUGUUGAUCUGAGACGGAAGCAGCAGUUUUUUGAGCAGUGCCUUCAAGCUGUAUCCCGUGCGGACCAGGGCGUUGCAAGCAAUAUCGUCGGGAUGGCCAACGAGCACCUACGUCUUACAAUAAAAGAGGGGCUGUUGCGAUUCCAACCAUUUGUUGCACCUCGCAGUCCUGCUCGGUCUGACCUUUGCACUUCAACCAAUCAACUUGAACACGCCGCUCCGGUCCCUGCCUCUAAUCUAUCUCUGCCGGUCACAACAGCAUCCGGCACGUCCACAGUCUUGUCACAUGCCGGCAUAACACCUUUGGCUGCUGCUCGCAACUCUUUGGCUAUCCCCCCUUCCGUCCUAUAUCCUCACAAUUGUUUAACUCGACGACCAUCUGCCCAGCUACCUCAGCUACAAACAUCAGUGGUUGCCCAUGCUACGCGUCAGCAAAGUGUAGCCUUACCCAGUCCGUUGUCUGCAUCAACUUCCACCACCCAGCCUCCGACUCCUACUCUAUCUAACCCACGCCCUAUCUCAACCACCACAUUCCAGUCUCCUUUAUUGAUUGCCAUGGCUCCUGUUGCCGGCCGUAUCAGCAUGAAUACAUCUCCAAACCCAUCAAUUCCCUCAAACCUUGACUCCGGCCAUCACCCGGGAGACUCGACGUACCUUCCCGCCGCCGACACAUCCGGCCCUGCCUUGUUCCUCAACAUUUCCCGGUCAACCUCUCUUGCGCACAAUAAAAUUGACGCGCCGGCUCACGAUCAAACACGCCACGGAGAUGACUCGAAUUUGGAUUACACGGGUUUAAACCCAACUUUUUCUGUUGACCUCACAGCGCCCAGCCUGGUCAAAACCUCCCCUCGGAGCGACAAUUUUGUCCACGUGAACAACAAAGCUUGGGAUACAAAUGCCGAGACCAAUAAUUAG